UCCACGCGCUAAAACCCGCUUCCCGGAUCGUAAUGAAUUUUCCGUAGUUUUCGUUAUCCGGCUUUUGAAAUGAAAAUGUUAUUUAAAGGACACAGUACCCGGCUCGAAAUGCUCAUCGAAAAAAUUCACUCGAAUAAAGAAAAUCAUUUACAAGAAUCUGACAUUUCGGUGAGUUCGUCAUCGGGAUCGGAAUCGGUAGCCGGUAGAUCUGCCAGUGUGGAUAACACGCAAGACAUAAAUUCCGUGUCGUCGGUGUCGGUUAAUUUGGAAUCGCCGAAGUCGCAACAUUUUUCAGAAUCUGACGACGAAGAACUCGAUUCGACCGACGUCAAAAUCGAACCGCUCGAUGACAAUGACGUUUUAAAACCAAAUUAUCAAGACGCGACAUUGAAAAUCAACGAAUCGUAUCAAACAUCGGAUAUCCAACAAUUUACCUGCCCGCAUUGUCCGAGAUUAUUUAAACAUAAAAGAUCGCGAGAUAGGCAUUUGAAAUUACAUACGGGCGAUAGAAAAUAUAGAUGCGUCCAAUGCGAAUCUGCAUUUGCUAGGAGCGAUCAUUUGAAAAUACACAUGAAAACGCACGAGAUAAAGAAACAAAAUAAAAUACAAAUCUGCAAUAAGGGUUACGGUGGCUUCGGCGAACAAACGCAUAUGAAAGAAAAAGACGGAAAAAGUGAAGAAAGUUUAGCCAACUCGAGUCCCGAAAGUUCCCUGAUAUGUUUCCACUGCAACGAAAUAUUUGGCUCCGCUGACUCUUUGCAGAAUCACCUCUUUUCGUUGGAAAAAUACGAAAUUUCGGAAAAGGCCGCGAGUCCGGACUCGAAAGCGUUUUGUAUAUAUUGCUUCCAAGAAUUCCCUAGCGCGACUCACAUGUACGACCACGUCCAAAUAUGUCACAGAACCGUCAAAGACGAAGUCAGUACUAGUUCCGAUUUACUCAGAACUACAUCCUCUAACUACGGCCAAGAAUUCCAUCAGGACUUCAACAUUAGCAUGACCUUUCAAAACAUCUCGUUCGGGACAUUCACGCAGGACACUCAAACAAACUUCGUAAGUAAAAGAAGGAAAGAACUUCAUAUUGAAAGUGCCGCGUUUAAAAGAAAAUGUUGCGAAGUGAAGUCUAAUUCGCUAAAUGAAACAUUCAUAUGUGCCUGCUGUUACCAACAACUUCCCAACUUCAAAAGUUUCCUACUCCAUAUGGAAACUCACGUAUCUGCUACGAAAAACGAUAUAGUCGGAGUGUGCGUCCUCUGCGGCGAGGAAAUAAUCGGAACUUUAAACCUUUCCAAGCAUUUGUUUAAACAUUCGAUAAGCAAACUGAACGAUUUCGGGUGUUGCUGCGCUUGCAAAAAAUAUUUCAACGACUACGAACAUUUGCAGAAGCAUUUGGCGGAAGAGCACGUCGUUAGCGUAUACAAAUGCUCGAUUUGCAACGAAAUGUUUGACGAUAAAUUAACGAUGAAGGCACAUUUGAAUAGCAAACACACCAGGAACUGUGACCGUUUCGAAUGCAACUACUGCGCUGGAGCAAAUAAAAUAUUUCACGACAAACAGUCGGCAGAAAUGCACCUUUCCCAAUGUCAUCUCGAUCAAUUUUGUUUUAAGCAAGCGAGAGAACUGUCGCUUUUGAGCAGCGAACCGAUAUCAGAAUCCGGCCUUCAGGAAAUUUACGACGAAAAUAUCGAGAAAAUCCAUGAACAAGAUUUCGCGUCGAAUAGAGAACAUCGGUCAGAAAGCGCAGGGUCGCUAAGCCUGCAGUGCGCGUAUUGUAAAGAAUAUUGCAAAAAUAAAAACGAACUUCAGAUUCAUCUCAAGGGCCAUCAAAUAUCAGAAAAAUCGAAACACAAAUGCAACAUAUGCGACGAGGUUUAUCACUCCCCUAACAGAUUAGCUAGUCACAAGUUGAUCCACUGCAAGAUAAUUGACGGCAAUAUAUGCGUCCAGUGCAAAGCAACUCUAAACGAUAUCGAGACAUUUCUAAAGCACCAAUUCAAACAUAAUAACGGUGGAAAAUCUACUACGAAACUGGCUUUUAUAUUACCGUCCAUAUGCAUAGUGUGCAGCCAAACUUUGCAGAGCGAUAUGGAAAUUGAAUUGCAUGCCAAAUUCCACUUAAAAUUUUUAACGGAAGAGGUUUCGAGGAGUUGCCUAAAGUGUCCUACAAAUUUGGACGAAAUUAUGGAAAAUGACCGCAAUCAGUUCCCGUGUAACGCCUGCUUAGUUUCGAAUGACUUAAAAACAAAAAUUGUUGAAAGUUCACGCGACGAAUCUUUAGAACUACAAUGUUAUCUUUGCAAAAAGACUUUAAGCAGCAAAAACAAACUCCAAGUGCAUCUGAUAGAACACAACUUUUUCGGCAUCAAUCAGUUUAGUUGUUACGUGUGUUCGUCGGUAUUUACUGCAGCUGCUGGUCUCCAAGCUCAUCUCUUAGAGCACAAUCUAGCGGAAAAACCUUAUCAAUGCUCAAAAUGUUCGUCGAGUUUCUUCUUCCGUGCCGAACUGGAUAACCACAGGUAUCUGCACAAUUUCCAGUUUGCCGAAACUACGUGUUAUAACAAUCGAACUUGUCGUCACGAUUGUUCUAUAACUAAGUCUGAUGUUCCAGAAACCUGUUAAAUGUAUAGAUCCCUAGAGGUUGUCCAAUAUGCAGGGUGUCGAAUUUUAUACGAAAACUUAAAAGAGCUAUAUGGCUAUAUACAUUCUGCAACAAAUCCUAAACGCAGUUUUUAUAUUGGGAUAUUAAAAAUAAACAGAUAAUACUUUACCGUAGCUACAAAGUUAGCGAACUUUAUUACGAGCACUAUAUUUAUUUACGUGCAAUUCAAUUUCGUAUAAACGUCGACACGCUGUGAACAAAUUUCGAAAUAUUGGGCAUUAUUUUUUAAAAGGUUAUAACGAAAAUUGUAUUUAGUCACUGACCAGUCGUACAAUGUCUUUUAUUUUUUUAUAACGUCAAAUUUUUAUACCGUAAUGUUUCGAACGUUGUAGCUUUCUAAAUUCAUAUACGAUGAUUUCGUAUAAACGUUGUUGAACAUUUUUUACGUUGUUAUUGAUGUUAGAUUUUUGAACAUUGCUUAGUUUAUUUAUUUGUUGUGUUUGGAUAUGUUAUUUCUGCUCGUUUUGCCUGCGUUACCAAAAUAAAUCAUUA